AUGAAUACUUCAAACAAAUCUUCAUUAAAUCCAACAACUCCAAAUUCUUUAUCAUCUUCAACAUCUAUGUCCAAAUCAGAUUCUCAAAAAUCUAAUAAUAGUAGUAUCAAUGAUAAUAAUCGAAUCACCCUAAGGCUUAGUGACAUAGGCAAUAAAUCACCAACUAAAAAUAAUUUCAAACCAAACAAAAAUGGUAUAUUAAAUAAAUCCGAUUCUUCUUGGCAACAAAACAAGCAAAAUCCACAAUUAACUAAAAUUUCAUCACAGUCAAGUCAACAAAAACAGCAAAGACCCAUAGCCCAAGCUCAACUAUAUAAACUGAAAAAUAGAUCAGAUACAAAUAUAACAAGUCUUAAUUUAAAUCAUAAUAAGAGAAAAUCAACAUCAUCUACAACCACUCCACCUUCAACAACUCCUCCAUUUUCAUCAAAAUCAAGUGAUAACUUAAAAAAUUUAUUAGAUCGUGAUCGUAUAACUCCACCAGUAUUUGAAGAAGAUGGGACCAUGUCAUAUUUCAACCUAGAUAAAAGUAAACGACCGUCAAUUGGGAGUAAUAAUUUUGCAGCAAAAGAUCGAAAAAAACAAUCAUCUUUGGGUAGUAGUAACAACACACCAAAUGAAUUAUUAAACAGUCCUAGAUUCCUAAGAGAUUUUAAAAGAUCAACUUCAAAUAAUAAUGUACUAUCAACGUCAAAUAUUAAUAAUCAUAACAACCCAAAAGAUCAACUCCAUAAAGAACAAAAAAAUAGAUUAGUAGAUCAAUUUUAUAAUAAAUUACCAAAUUCUCCUCAAAAUAAUGGCGAUAUAAGUAAAUUAUUACAAAACAACCUAAAUGAUAGCAAUGAUCUGGAUUUUUUAUCAUCAUUACAAAAUAGUAAUUUAAAUUUAAAUUCACUAAGUCAAGCUUUAAAUACUCCUAAAAACGGAGAAAAGAAAUUUAAAUGGGAUCAAGAUGAAUCAAAUAAUGAUGAUACAUUAAAGAUAAUAGAACAAUUACAAGACGAUGAUCCAAAACUGGGGAUAUCAAAUACAAGUACUACCACCAGUAGAUCAUUUGAUCUAAAAGCAAAUGAGGAAUUAAUUUUUAAUAUUUUAAAUAAUGGAGGUUUUAGUUUCCAAUAUGAUGUCAAACAUGUUAUAGAAGAUGAUAAAUUGGUAAAUUAUCUCAUAAAUAUUGACAAUAUUAUUGAUGAAUCCUUGAGAUUAGAUAAAGCGAAUUAUAAAAAGAAUGAAAAAUUACAAAAUGACCCCAUGGAUCAAUUAACUAAAAUAAUUUCUUCAAUUUCAGACAAAAUUAUAUUAAAAUCAAAAUUAUUAAUUUAUUCAAAAUCAAACCCAAUAAAAUUAUCAAUCUUACAAUUAAAUAUUAUAUCGAAUUAUUUAACCAACUUGAAUAUUGAUAUUAUUAACUUAAAGAAAUUCCUCACAGAAAAUUUAACAAAUAUAGAAAUUGAGAAUAAAGAAAUUAUAUCUAAAAAUCUUAAAAAGUUAGAUGAAAUAAAUGAAAAUAUAAAUAAAUUUGAUUUAAAAUUGAAUUUCUAUAAAGACAAAAUAUCAAAAUCAAAACAAUAUAUGAAUGAUGAAUUAAAUAAAAAGAUUAGUUUAAUUGAAUCGAUCAAUAAUAAAAUUCAAAAUCAAAAACAAUUAAAAAGGUCAAAGAAUUAUUUCAAAUUUAGUGCUAUAAUAAGUAUUGGUAUAAUUUUAUUUUCUGUAAUUUGGUAUUAUAGACUGUAA